AUGAUGGUUUCUAACGGAGUCCUUAGGUUACUGACAAUGAUUCUACUUAUGGGCAAGAGCUCCAGUUCAACCUACAGUGCCUCUUUGACCUCUUCGGUGGUGAAUUACCGCCAUGAGAAUGGCAGGCGCUACCAUGCUUACCGCGAUGGCAGCUACCUCUUGCCUAACGACGAGAAAGAAGCCGAUCGCCUGGACAUGGGCCAUGAACUGACACUGAUGGUCAUGGAGAGGAAAUUAUUUUUUGCACCUAUUGGUCCAUCACCACAGCGAGUCAUUGAUCUGGGUACUGGAACCGGAAUAUGGGCAAUUGAUUUUGCUGAUGAAUACCCUUCUGCCGAGGUUAUUGGUAACGAUCUGAGUCCUACUCAGCCAUCCAUGGUUCCUCCAAAUCUCAAAUUUUAUGUCGACGACAUCGAAUCUGGAUGGACGUACGAAAAUCCAUUUGACUUUAUCCACGCUCGUUAUCUGGCUGCCUCCAUCAAAGACUUCAAGAAGUUGCUGAAACAAUGUUUCAACAAUACCAAGCCUGGAGGCUGGGUAGAAUUCCAGGACUGGGACAUGUUGAUAAGGUCCGAGGAUGGAACGACCAAAGGCUCCGCCAUCGAGAAGUACUAUCAGGCGAUCAUCCCUGCUUUUGAAAAAGCCGGCUAUCCCACCAGACCUGGACCACAACUUGAAGAGUGGUUCCGUGAAACAGGAUUUGUGAAUAUCCACGUUCACAAAUAUCGGGUUCCGAUAGGAGUCUGGCCGAAGGAUUCGCAUUAUAAAAAACUCGGAACAUUGUUUCUACUAAGUGCCGAGAAAGGUUUCGAAGGAGCUGCCAUGGCUGUCCUGACGAGGUUCGAAUCAUGGUCCCCUGAGGAAGUCACAGUUCUUGCGGCUGGGGCUUUGAGCGAUGCCAAAAAUCCAAAGAUCCAUGGACUAUUCGACUUUUAUGUCGUGUAUGGUCAGAAGCCCGAGUGA